AUGGCGCCCCCGUCUUCGUCGGAUGAAUUUGGAGUCCCAUCCGUCACCGUAACCCUAAUCCCAGGCCUCCCGAACGAUUUAGGCGCGUUGAUCCUCGCAUUCGUGCCCUACUCCCACCACCCCCGCCUCAAAUCCAUCUGCAAAUCAUGGCGGCGCUUCUUCUCCUCGAAAGCCCUAAUUUCUCUCCGCCGGAAUUACUCGAUCGCCCCUGAAUUGCUGUGUAUUUUCCCGCAGGACCCUUCGGUCUCCUCCCCUUAUCUGUUCGACCCCAAAAACCUCUCCUGGUCCCCCCUGCCGCCUAUGCCCUGCAACCCCCACGUUUACGGCCUCUCCAACUUCAUCACCGUCUCUGUGGGCCCCCACCUCUACGUCCUCGGCGGUUCCCUUUUCGACACGCGGUCCUUUCCCCUCGACCGGCCGUCUCCAUCCUCUUCUGCCUUCCGUUUCGAUUUCGCUACCUUCUCGUGGGAUUCGCUUUCACCCAUGAUCACUCCACGCGGAAGUUUUGCUUGUGCUGCCAUGCCCGAGCAUGGUAAGAUUGUGGUGGCUGGCGGAGGUUCGAGGCACACCAUGUUCGGGGCUGCUGGGAGUAGGAUGAGUUCGGUCGAGAUGUAUGAUAUCGAGAAGGAUGAAUGGGUGGCUUUGGAUGGUUUGCCUAGGUUUCGGGCGGGUUGUGUUGGGUUCUUCUUGGGAAGGGAGUUCUGGGUGAUGGGAGGGUAUGGGGAAUCGAGAACGAUCUCGGGAGUUUUUCCGGUGGAUGAAUACUACAGAGAUGCUGUGGUUAUGGAGUUAACAAGUGGGGGGAAAUGGAGGGAGCUUGGGGAUAUGUGGGAGGAAGGGGAAAGACGGAGGCUCGGGAAAAUCGUCGUGAUCGGGGAUGAGGGCUUGGGUUCGCCUGAGAUUUUUAUGCUCGACAAGAGUGAAAUCUUCCGGUAUGAUAUGAAUUCCAAUCGCUGGGUAAAGGAGACUUGUGUGCCUAGAAAAACCUCCGACGACUCGUAUGUUGGUUUUGCCGCAUUAGAUGGGGAGCUUCACUUGCUUACUUUUUUCAAUGUAAACGAUUCAACAGAUGGCCGAAGGUCACGCCCUCAUAAGAGGUCAACAACUCUGCUCAUACAGAUAUAUCAUCCUAGGAAAAUGUCAUGGAGGUCAGUUAUUGCAAAACCACCUUUUCAUGAGCCAUUAGACUUCAGAACAGCAGUAUUGUGCACCAUACGACUUUAG